AUGGCCGACUAGAGGACGGAGAAUUUUCGAAAGACUAUCGUCAGAUUUAAGGCAUAUUUAAAAUCUUACUAGUGGCAGUGGAUAGCUUCUCAACCCAUCAAAUAGCCGACAAUUAAAUACGGAACACAGCCAUUAACUCAUUCAAUAUGCCUUGAAGCUAUUCACCUGACGUCCAUCGAAAUUCCCGACUCAGGGAAGUUGCGUCCGGUUCCGGACCGGUCCCGCCUCCGUCGUUGUCGGGCCGUUGACCGCGAUAUCACCAUUCAACAUGGCCGGCAUUCUGGCGUAUCUUCAGUAUGCGCUGGGAAAGCUCUUCUACCGCGUUCGUGGCCAUGACGCGAAGCAGAUCAUCUACACCGAUGCCUUCAAAGGUCUUACCAAUCCCAACAUUGCCCUCGAAGCCACCGACUGUGGUCCAUCUGGCUCUGUGAUGCUCAAUGAUCACACCUGCCUCGCCGAGGACGGAGUGGGCCGAUUCCCCGACCUGCGCUGGAACCCUCCCGAGCUUAUCGACGAUGUCAAGGAAUACGUCCUGACCUGCGAGGACAUUGAUCUUCCUAUCCCCGGUCUGGUCAUCCAUCAUGGGCUCUUCUACGGCAUUCCUCCUUCGACCACUACUGCCCUCCACUCGGAUAUCAAGGAGCAAAAGGACAAUCCCAAGUCGCGCAUCACUGAGUCUGGCUGGAAAUACGUCCCUAACCUUACUGGCAAUGCGUACAUCGGUCCGGCACCUCCUCUGGGCCAUGGCAGCCACCGCUAUGUCUUCACCGUCAUCGCCCUUAAUGAAUCGCUCCAGUUCGACAAUCCCGACAAGGUCACUAGGCAGAAGAUCAAAGCCGCCAUGGUCGGAAAGGUCAUUGGAUGGGGUCAGUGGACUGGAUCCUUCGAACGCCCCUGGCCCAAAUAGAUGGCUGCUCGAGAACCAAGAGCUACACAUCGGGGUUUAUGUGCGUUACGAUUUGGCGUUUAGACAAAGGCAAUUCAGGACUUUCUAGGCCUCAGGAUCGGUCUAUGGUUUGAGAGGAAAGGAUCUUUUUUUUACUAUCCCCGCUUCUUGUAUU